AUGACAGCCAGGCCACCCGAGUACGACGACACGACCAGUAGCUGGAGGACUUACCGUGUCCGUUUGGAGGCCUUUUUUGAGGGCCAUGGCAUCACGGAUCCAGGAAAACGGCGUGCGCUUCUGGUAUCGGCACUAAGUGACAGUGUUGUUCGCGUGCUUCAGGGGCAGUGCCAGUCAGAAUCUGUGAACAGCCUUAGCUAUGACGCCGUCGUACAGCUGCUGGACAACCACUUCGAUCCACAAGCUAAUGAGAUUGCAGCGAGCUACGCUUUUUUCAUGCGGAAUCAAGCAGAAGGCGAAAAGGUACGGGACUAUAUCACUGACCUGAGACGUCUCGCAAAGGAUUGCAAUUUCGAGAAGUUUUUGGACCGCAUGUUGCGGGAUCGGAUUGUCUGCGGAAUCCGUGACGAACAAGCUCGACGACACAUGUCGCAAAGGAAGUUGAAUUUGGCUGAGGCAGAGGCUUUUGCUCUAGCGGCAGAAACAGCGGAAACGAAUGUGCGGGCUAUGCAAGAGAGGAGCUUCAACGACAACGGUGUCGCCAAUUUUGUACAGAGGCACAGGAUGAAUCCGCAGAAAUCCGGACAAGGGUAUGCAUCCAUGACCGAGUCUACUCAAUGCUGGAGAUGUGGCUCGAACCAUGCUUCGGAAAUGUGCAGGCACAAGAAAGCGACCUGCCACAAGUGCGGCAGGAAGGGACACCUGGCGAGAAGGUGCUCCAGCGGUCGCGGUAACCCCUCGGGAACUUACGCUGUGAAGGCGCUAGACGGCAGUGAAGAAGAAAUGCUCUACGCUUUGGUGGCUCACAGCUACAGUAGCAACGAAUUCGUUCGGCCAUUCGAAAGGGAUUUCAUCUGGGAGGGCCGGAAACUGCGCAUGCUGGUGGAUACGGGGUCCACUAUCAGCGUAAUUCCAAAGAGGGUAUUCGAGAAACACCGUGAACUGUGGCCGACACUGGAGAAGACUUCACUACGCCUGACGUGCUUCCUGGGGCCGCUGCCGGUCCUUGGCCGAGUGGCCAUGAAAGUCAAAUGCGGUAACACGGAAGUGGAGAGCUCGCUAGUUGUAGUGGAUUGCGAUGGGCCUCUGCUGUGCGGCCGGAACACCAUCCAAGCCUUCCGGAAUGCUGGCAUGGCGCUACUGGAAGAAUGUGCGCCGGACAAGGUAAAUGUGGUUCGAUGUGACGCAGCCACGGCGCAAAUGGUGGCGGAAUUUCCAGAAAUUUUCGAGAGGUUGGGUUGUUGCGAGGGGCCGCCUGUGAAGCUACACAAAAAAGAGGCUGCUGUACCACGCUUUUGUAAGGCUCGACCAGUGCCAUUUGCGCUUCGGGAUAAGGUGUCGGCAGAAAUCGACCGCCAAGUACAGGAAGGAGUGCUUUCACCAGUGCGAGUUUCAGAGUGGGCUACGCCCGUCGUGCCCGUAGUGAAACGUAACGGAGAUAUCAGGCUGUGCGGGGACUUCAAAUUGACCGUGAAUCCGGCAACACAUUUGGAACAAUACCCGUUGCCGAAAAUUGAGGACAUAUUCGCAUCUCUGUAUGGGGGAGAGGUGUUCACCACUUUGGAUUUGCGGCACGCAUAUAAUCAACUUCCACUGGACGACGAGGCACGAAAAAUGGCUGUGUUGAACACACACAAGGGGUUGUUUGCAUACAACAGCCUCGCUUUCGGCAUCGCAUCUGCUCCGGCUUUGUUCCAGCGCCGCCUCGAGUCCAUUCUGCAAGGCCUGCCUCGCGUCAAGGUAUACUUGGAUGACAUCAUCAUAGCCGAAAAGCAGAACGACGACUCCACUCUGCGGCGAGUCUUUGAGCGGCUACGGGACAAUGGCCUCAAGUUGAACCUUGACAAAUGCAGGUUCCGCGAGAAGCAAGUAUCGUUCUUGGGCCACAAGAUCGACGCAACGGGUCUCCACCCCCCCCCCCCCCGACAAUAUGGAAGCCAUCACCGCUGCACCAAGACCAGAGACGAAGUUCCGUCUCCUUGGCCGACGAGCAACAAACCAUGGUACAGGUUGCACAUGGAUUUUGCGGGCCCCAUCAAUGGCUACCAAGUUUUUGUGCUGGUGGACGCCGAGACUAAAUGGAUUGAGGCCAUACCUUUGAAGACCGCCACGGCGGAGGCCACCAUUCACGUACUUCAAGCAAGCCCAUCCAAGUCAACGACGAAGCUCAGUGUACUUCCAAGGAGGCAGACGCUCGUGAAGAUACGGGCGUACGAGAAGUCAACUCUCAAGCCGAAGACCAACAACCACUACGGCGUUCGACUCGCCAGCGGAAACGACCGGAUCGUCUCGCUUACUCUAGCUUAG